UUUUGAUUAGAUUAACUCCAAGUCUUGUAGUUGCUAUGACAAUUCCAUUUAUUAUACCCCUUAUGGGAUCUGGUCCAUUGUGGAAUAUUGGAAUGCAACAAGGAAUUGAUUCUUGCAAAAAUCGUUGGUGGGCAAAUCUUCUGUACAUCCAAAAUAUUUGGAAGUUUAAUGAAAUAUGUCUUCCACAUUCCUGGUAUCUUGCCUCAUUAAUGCAGUGCCACUUAAUAGGAAUUCUCUUAUUAUUAAUUGGUUUCAGAAUUUUACAGGCGGGCUUAAAAAACAUUGUUUCAAGGGAGCAGAAUUUUGAGUAUGAGGUGGUGAGUUUCUGAUAAUGUUAGAGACAGUGCUCAGAAGGUACAAACCACUUACAAAGUUUUGGCAAUAUAUAGAAAUUGACUUUACAACAUAUUAAGGUAUUGACUCAUUGGAGAUAUGAGGUUUUGAUCACCAAUCAAUGAUCUCAAGAACAAGAGAAAUUUAUAUAUUUUUCUAUAUGUUUAUAAUGAAAGUAGCAUAAGAAAUUGUUAAUAGUUUUUUCAUAUAUAGAGUGCUCAAAAAAUACAUAGAUGAACUUAGAGCAAUAGUAGCGGAAAUAAUUAAAAGCAUUGUUAAUUGUAAAACAAGGGGAUAAUUUGCAUUACUUUAUGAGAUACAGAAGCUCACAUAUUAAUUGAA